UUGGCUGUGUCGGUUCGGUCAGUCCUGCUGGUCGCGUGGCCCGUUGCUCUUUGCUGUGUUUUUUGAUUCGUUUCGUGUGUUGUUCAGUUCGUGGCAUUUAUUCCAAUUAGUCGAUAGAUUCAUUUGUUCUCACAGCCGGCAAAGUUGAACUAUUUGAUUGCGAUAAACAACAAAUUUCCUGUGUCAAGCGCCGAAUAAAUACAGAAGCUAAGCCCGGCAAAAAGAGUCCAAUCUCAGGCGGUGUCCGCAGGAAGCGCUACAGUUACAUACAUACAUACAUCGAUCAGAAUGGAAAACGUGGACACAAGCUUUAUACCCGAUCUGCCAUCGGGCGGAGCUCUUGCGGUUUACCGCAAACGCGCCAACUUUGACUGGAAGCGUUUGCGUUUGAUCCUCGAAAAGGAGCAGGGACUGCGUAUCAAGUACAAGGUGUGGCGUCGCCUGGAAAAUGAUCCGCUUUUUGCACACGCCUCACGAACGCUGCCCAUGGACGAACAGAAGCGUCUGGCUGCCAUGCAGGUGAAUCGCAUGAAGCAUCUGGAUCUGGUGCCUAAAGAGGUUGAGAACCUGAACUUCUCGGCCAAGACAAAGUAUUUAAUGAACAUCAACGAGGCGCUGGCCAGCUACUCGCCCAGCCUCUCGGUGAAGAUAGCGCUCGGCGUGGGCCUGUUCAACAAUGCCAUACGUGCCUUGGGCACAGAGAAGCACACCAAGUAUAUUGAGGCUGCCUGGAAUCGGGAGGUGAUCACCUGUUUGGCCGUUACGGAGCUCUCGCACGGCAGCAACACGAAGCGCAUUCGCACCACGGCCACCUACGAUCCCAGCUCGCAGGAGUUUGUGAUCAACACACCUGACUUCGAGGCGGCCAAGUGCUGGGUGGGCAAUCUGGGCAAAAUGGCAACCGUAGCCAUGACCUUUGCCAAUCUCAUUACGGCGGACGGCGAGAACCACGGCCUGCACGGCUUUCUCCUACCCAUUCGUGAUCCGAAAACGUUGCUCUCCUAUCCGGGCGUCCUGGUCGGCGACAUUGGCGAGAAGUGCGGCCUGAAUGGCAUCGACAACGGUUUUGUCGUGUUCACCAACUAUCGCAUACCGCGCGACAAUCUUCUCAAUCGGACUGGCAAUGUCACGCCCGAGGGCGUCUACGAGAGCGUCUUCGCCGAGCCCGGCAAAGCUCUGGGCGCCGCACUGGAGAGCUUCUCGGCCGGACGCAUUGGCAUCAUGCAGGAGUCGGCCAACACUUUGUGCAGCGCAGCUGUCAUCGCGGUCCGCUACGCCGCAGUCCGCAAACAGUUUGGCCCCGAACGCCAGGGCGAGGAGAUCGCCAUUAUUGAGUACCAAUUGCACCAAUACCGGAUCUUUCCCUAUUUGGCUGCAGCCUGUGUGCUCAAGAUUGCCGUCGAGGAGAUGACCAAUACGUAUCUAGAAAUCAUCGCUCGCUCCCAGGCAGAUUCAAAUGGAUUCGAUAUACUGACACAGAAUGCUGCGGAGAUACAUGCGAUUAUAUCAGCCUCAAAGCCGCGCAUCACGUGGUCGGCACGUGAUGCCAUUCAGGAGGCUCGUGAGGCCUGCGGCGGCCAUGGAUAUCUACGUGCCGCCAAACUGGGGCAGAUGCGCACCGACCAUGAUCCGCUGUGCACCUACGAGGGCGACAACAAUGUGCUUGGCCAGCAGGCCUCCAAUUGGCUGCUGCGCCAGUGGAGCGCCAAGGAGCUGGAGUCGCCAAUUGGCAGCGUUAAGUUCCUGGAGCGGCGCCAGCAGCUGCUGCAGCUGCAGUACACACAGCUGGUGCAGCAGAGUCCAUUGGACAGCUGGGAGUUUGCGCUCAGCUGUUACGAGUGGCUGCUGUGCCACCUCAUGUCCCGCACGAGCGCCCACAUUGAGGCCCAAUUGGCAGCUGGUGUCCAUCCUUUUGAGGCUCGCAACAAAUCCCAGGUUAUGGGCGCGCGCGAGCUGUCGUUGGCCUAUGCCGAGUACUGUGCCCUCAGCCGCUUUGUGGGUCACGUGCAGCAGCUGAGUCUGGAGCCGCCGUACGCGAAUGUGUUGCGUGUGCUGUACGAUGUGUAUGCCAUGUGGCUGCUGGAGAAUCAUAUGACCACAUUCUAUGUGGGCGGUUUUGCGGUGGGUGGGGCUUUCGCUGCGGCAGUACAGGAGCGCCUGCUGCAGAGCUGCGCCCAGCUCAAGGAUGUGGCUGUGAGCGUCGCAGAUGCCAUUGCCCCGCCGGACUUUGCCCUCAACUCGAUUAUCGCACGCGCCGACGGGCUGCUCUACGAGAACUUGCAAAACGAAUUUAUGACCAACGAGGGCGCCUUCCAGCGGCCCGCCUGGUGGCGAGACGUCAUCAUACCGCAGCCGCAGGAGAAAUCAAAGCUCUAAGGGGGCGGCAGGACGAAGACGCAAGUGCCUGGGCAGGUCGAUUGGUCGAUCGGUCGAUCACCCAAUUCAUCCUUAUCGUAGUUAUUGUUAUAUCAUCAUAUCGCAUCAGGUAUUACGGAUAAACUAAACGGAAACAUACCAUACACAUUAUAUAUACCUUACAUUUUAUAUGUAACUACACAUAGAUAUUUUAUACUAUAUACAACAUCCUUACGAGACAUUCGAAAUUUGCAGCUCCCAACUCUGUAAGGUGUCUGACUCUUUGUAGGAAAUAGUUUGUUAUGCUCAUAGCGCUAAAAACUAGUUUAUUUUCAACAUUUUUGUAAGAACUCUUUUAUUUUGAUCAUUUUUUCAUAGUAUAAACUACUUUGUAAAUCGAUUGUAAUUUGACGUGCUUGUGAUUUGAAAGAGUAUGAAUUAAUUCGAGCCAUAAGUAUUCCAUUAUUAGCUUGUGUUUCUCGAGAUUCAUAAAAGUCGAAGUAUUCCACACCCCACCCUAAUUAUUUUGACACUGAAUACCCCUGCUUUCACUAUCAAAUGGUGUUCCUAGCAAUAAUUUGUGAGUUAAACUACAAUUGAAAUCUAGAAUGUUUUAGAAUGUUUUGUUUAAUAAUAUUACGAAUUAUGUUAAUAAAAUUAAUGCCAAUUGG